CACGACAGUCGUCUCUCUCUCUCUACUUCUCUCUUGGGCUCGUUCUUUGUACAAUUCUAGAAAGAGAAAAGAAAGAGAGAGCUUGUAGUUGCAUCAAUGGCGUUCUUAUCUUUCGUUGGUCGUGUUCUCUUUGUCUCCGUUUUCGUUUUCUCUGCAUGGCAAGAGUUUAACGAAUUUGGAGUUGAUGGCGGACCUGCAGCAAAAGCCCUUACGCCAAAGUUCAAUGUUCUUUCCAAGCAUUUCACAACACAUACUGGUUUUCAAGUGCCAGUUUUUGAGAUCAAAUUCUUGGUUGCUGGAGCUAUAGCCUUGAAAGCCCUUGGAAGCUUCCUUUUCAUCUUUAACAGUACCAUUGGUGCUACUCUCCUGAUAUUGCACCAGUUGAUUGCUACUCCCAUCUUAUACGACUUCUACAACUAUGACAUUGAGAAAAAGGAAUUCCUUCAACUUUUCAUCAAAUUUACACAGAGUUUGGCAUUGUUGGGGGGACUCUUGUUCUUUGUCGGGAUGAAGAACUCCAUCCCAAAAAGAUCUUCGACGACGAAGAAGGCCACGAAAACAAAAACCGUGUAGAAGAUUUGAGGAGAUGAUGUUGUAAAAGGUUGCAUUAAUUAAUUAAGGUGAUGGGUGCAUCUUGGGUUUGUGUUUUGCUGAACCCUUUGCCAUUUGAUGCAAUCUCUUGUAUGAUUUCUGUUAAGAUUUUGUUGCUUCAGAAUUUUGCAACAUUUUUUGAGUUGGGUUCUAAUUUAAGGUUAAUCUCAUCAUCAUUUUAUUCA